ACGGAUAAAACUGGCCUGAAAGGAGCAUCUGGGGGAAGCUGGGAAGCUUGGCAGUAGUUGCACCUGAGUAAGCCUCGCGGGCGGCGGAUGCGGAGAGCUCCAUGGUAGCUCCAGCGGCCAGACUCCGGAGAGCAGCCUGCGCGGAGCCGCCGUCAGCAGCCCGGGGGUCUCGCGAGCAGAGCGUGGAUCAUCCUUCUCGUGAACCUCAUCAUAUUGAGGUUGGGCUAAGAUGAGCAUAACCAGUGACGAAGUGAAUUUCUUGGUGUAUCGCUAUCUCCAGGAAUCAGGUUUCUCCCACUCGGCCUUCACGUUCGGCAUCGAGAGCCACAUCAGCCAGUCCAACAUCAACGGAACGCUAGUGCCACCUGCCGCACUCAUCUCCAUCCUCCAGAAGGGGCUCCAGUAUGUGGAGGCCGAGAUCAGCAUCAACGAGGAUGGCACCGUGUUCGACGGGAGGCCAAUAGAGUCGCUGUCUCUGAUAGACGCCGUCAUGCCCGACGUGGUGCAGACCCGGCAGCAGGCGUUCAGAGAGAAGCUAGCCCAGCAGCAGGCCAGCGCCGCCGCCGCCGCGGCCACCGCCGCGGCCGCCGCCGGAGCCACCACCACUGCUGUCCCCCAGCAGAACACACCAAAGAACGGAGAAGCCACUGUGAACGGAGAGGAGAACGGGGCACAUGCAAUAAAUAAUCAUUCAAAGCCAAUGGAAAUCGACGGGGAUGUUGAAAUUCCUCCUAACAAAGCAACAGUCCUUCGGGGCCAUGAAUCAGAGGUGUUCAUCUGUGCCUGGAACCCUGUCAGUGACCUGCUGGCGUCUGGAUCAGGAGACUCAACGGCCAGGAUAUGGAAUCUCAAUGAAAACAGCAACAGUGGUUCCACUCAACUAGUUCUGAGGCACUGUAUAAGAGAAGGAGGACAUGAUGUCCCCAGCAAUAAGGAUGUGACUUCACUGGACUGGAAUAGUGAUGGAACACUAUUGGCUACAGGAUCGUAUGAUGGUUUUGCAAGAAUAUGGACAGAAGAUGGUAACCUUGCAAGCACCUUAGGUCAACAUAAAGGUCCCAUAUUUGCCCUGAAAUGGAACAAAAAGGGGAAUUAUAUUUUAAGUGCUGGUGUCGAUAAAACAACAAUAAUUUGGGAUGCUCACACAGGGGAAGCUAAACAGCAGUUUCCUUUCCAUUCAGCUCCUGCUCUGGAUGUCGACUGGCAGAACAACACUACUUUUGCCUCCUGCAGCACGGACAUGUGCAUUCACGUGUGCAGACUUGGCUGCGACCGUCCCGUUAAAACCUUUCAAGGACACACAAACGAGGUUAAUGCAAUCAAAUGGGACCCCUCUGGCAUGCUCCUAGCAUCCUGCUCCGAUGACAUGACAUUAAAGAUUUGGAGUAUGAAGCAAGACACCUGUGUACACGAUCUUCAGGCUCACAGCAAAGAGAUUUAUACUAUCAAAUGGAGUCCUACAGGACCAGGCACCAGCAAUCCAAACUCCAACAUCAUGUUAGCAAGCGCUUCGUUUGAUUCCACUGUUCGGCUGUGGGACGUUGACCGAGGAGUCUGUAUCCACACGUUAACAAAGCAUCAGGAGCCUGUCUACAGUGUAGCUUUUAGUCCUGAUGGGAAAUAUUUAGCCAGCGGGUCCUUUGACAAAUGUGUCCAUAUAUGGAAUACUCAGAGCGGAACCCUAGUACAUAGCUACAGAGGCACCGGGGGCAUCUUCGAAGUCUGCUGGAAUGCAAGAGGAGACAAAGUGGGAGCAAGCGCAUCAGAUGGAUCGGUUUGUGUUCUAGAUCUGCGGAAGUAAAGUGAAAUGUUUUAGAAGAAAUUUCAAAUGGACCAGCAGUGAAUGUGUGGGGAGAAGCACUCUUCAAAACUAUUCUUAACAGCUCCAGAACUUUACGAACUUGAACAAAGUUAGAGUGUACCGUGAAACCAACUCUCCCUGGCCACAGGUGUCUAGUAUUUUGUCCGUAACCUUCAUCAAGGAGUAAAAACACAGUCACUUCAGAGGGGGAGGGAAUGGUUUCCACCUGGAACAUUCAGCCUUGGAAGCAUGAAGCCACCAGCUAGGCAUUGCACUGUUUGGUUUGCGUCUGAGAACUUGCUCUGAUGGCUGGGAAAAAAAAAAAGCUGUGCCAAAAAAAAAGUUAAUAAAAAAAAAAAAAAAAAAAGAAAAAUGCUGUGAUAAACCAAAAGGGAAAAAAAAAAUCCUCCUCCAUGCGGUGUGUAUUUUUUCCUUCCAAUUUGGACACUACAGUUGCUCUCCCAAAGGACGUUCAAAGACCAGUUUGUACUGAUGAAAUGCUCAACUUUGUAAUCACAACACUUUCUAUUUUCUAGACUACUUUUUUUGUUCAGUGGUUUUUCUAUCAGCUGGAAUAUUAUAGCCUGGAGGAUCCCAGGCUUAGGAUGAAGCUUUUGUUUCCUUUUUAUUUCUCCCUUCCACUCCCAACUUCUCUUUUUUUUUUUUUUUUUCCUUCUCUUUCUUCUUCCCGUUGUUUUCUUUUUUCCCUGUAUGCCCAUAGUAGAUGCAGCCAGGUGGACAUGACAAUGAAAAUUUUUGACAGACUGCUUCUCCUCUCUUCUCUCUCUCUCUCUCUCUUUUUCUUCCUUUCUCUCCAUUUAAAAAGAAAAAAAAAUAAUCCUCCAUGCUUCAGAUCUUAGCGUCUCAAGGGCACUUUCAGCAAAUUGUGUAAUAAGUGCUUUAUAUAAGAAUGCAGUGCUGGGGAAGAUUUUUACAGGAGAAAGAUGACUUUUAACAGAAAGAACCCAGUGUAUUUUUGGAAAAAAAUAUUUUUUAUGUUAAACACAGUUUUAAAAGCCUAAACUGGCCACCAAAUGUAGACCAGUUGUGUUAUUCAAGUAAAAAGAAUGACACAAACAGAGUCCGAGGAACAUGAAAGGUGCAGUAUCCUUUUUCUCGUCUCUCUCAGAAAGUACUGUAAGAAAAAAUGCCAUUUGAUACAAAAAAAAAACAAAAAAGAAAGAAGGAGCCAGUUGUUCAUUGGAGUCCUUUUCCAGCAGCCAGAUGUUGGUGCGGGCCGCUCUCGGGUCCGGGGCCGUUGGUGGCGCAGGCCGAUGGAAGGGAGCGCGUGCGCGCGGCGGGCGCACGUUCGUCCUCGCUGGGGACAGGGGCCACCCCACGUCCCCCCACAGACACCACUGGGUCCUGCCACAAUGGUGCCCAGCAGCUCCCACCUCCUCCGCUCAUCCCCAUCCGCUCUUUCCCAGCCGGAGGGUCGCUGAGAUUUCAUCACCGGCCUCACGGGCCCCGUUGGACCAAGAUAGCGUGGACUGCGCUUGUCGCUGUUGGCGAACGGAUCCCGCCACGCUCCUGUCCUGGUCCUGGUGAGCCCCAUCUGACACAGGCUCUGC